AUGCCAGGGGAUUGUCGUCUGAUUCAAUUUGACGUCAUCGCUGAAGCCACUAACCAUUUUUCCGAAUCGAAUAUAAUCGGAAAAGGUGGAUACGGCGUCGUAUACAAGGGUGUUUUUGCUGACGGGCAAGGGAUCGCAGUCAAAACAUUGAUUUGUCUCUCGCGACAUGGAAUUCAAGGAUUCAGAAAUGAAGUGGCACUAAUCUCGCGGGUGCAGCACAACAAUUUAGUUAGGUUGCUGGGUUACUGUGAUAACGAGGACCACAAAAUCUUGGUCUAUGAAUUUUUAGAAAACUCCAGUCUUAACAAGUAUAUCUUCGACUCAGCCCGUAGCCCUAUCAUUCUAGAAUGGGAAGAUAGAUUAAAGAUUAUUAAUGGCAUCGCUCGAGGACUUUUAUAUCUUCACCAGGACUCUCGGUAUAGGAUCAUUCAUCUCGAUCUUAAGCCAGAUAACGUGCUGCUCGGCAAGGAUCUUGUCCCAAAAAUCUCCGAUUUUGGGAUGGCAGAGACGCUUAGAAACAAUGAGACGGAAGCUAAUGCGACGACCACGGCCGGAACAUUCGGUUACAUGGCGCCAGAAUACCAAAGCCACGGAAUAUUCUCAGCAAAGUCGGAUGUUUUCAGCUACGGGGUGAUGAUUCUUGAGAUAGUCAGUGGCAAGAAAAACAGGGAUUACCCUAAGCAGAACGAUGGAGACCAGCUUUUAAGCGUCAUAUGGAACAAUUGGAGCCAAGGAAAAGGGCUAGAGAUUGUAGACUCUGUCAUCAUGAACUCACCAUUCGGCUCUAAAACUGAACUCCAGAUCAUUCGAUGCAUCCAGAUUGGACUGUUGUGUGUCCAAGUAGACGCAGAGGAUAGGCCUACAAUGUCGUCGGUGGUGCUGAUGCUCGGAACCGAGACGGUCGAAAUCGGCCAGCCUAAAUCGCCUGUUGAGACUGCAUCCUCCUCGUCGUCGUCGAGACAAGGACAAGAAUUCGAAUCUUCCACUAUUAAUCAGAUCACAGUUUCGGUUUUCGACGCUCGCUAG